AAUGCAUGUGUCAUCAAAUUUUAACAGCCAAUUGUUAUACAGCGUGACGUCGGGUAGGUAUAAAAGGGCUGAGCGGGCGAGUGCGUGUACUUCAAGACGACAGGUAUUGACAUCACAUCACAGAAACUAAGCAUGGAGUUCUUGAAAGUCCUCGUGGUUUUGAUCGUAGUUUUGCACGGUUCACUAUCAAAGCCAGCGAGUUCUGAGGAAGAGCUACGUGACAUCGUCGGAAAACUAGAGAGACUCGCAACAAGCUUAAGACAGUAUGUAGUUGACGGUAGUAGGCCUGAGAAUUCUAUGAGCGAUAUCGUGUCACUGAGCGGGUCUACGCCAGAAUUCCCUAUCCCCGGUACCAGACCACUCGAGCUUUGGGGGCUCGAUGACGACGAACUUGACCCCUCCUCUCCAACAUACAAAUGGCUCUACAAAAUGUUCGGAAAGCUUCUGAAGCCAUACUUCAGCAGUUUCCCAAGUGGACCAUAUUCAUCGGAGAUGCAGUUAACACCACGUAAUGUUGUUACAAUGUUGAAUGCAUGGUACAACAACGCUGACCAAAUGACAAAAGAACAGACUUUUGUUAACGUUGUCAGAGAGCUCUUGGAUGCCCAUUUCCAGUGUGCAACGACAAGAAUCAACCAAAUAGUUUUCUAUGUUUUCAAGGACCAAGAACAUGCAAUGGCCGAAGAUGACUGGAAAGUUAACACUCGCGUGAGGAAAGUUUUGGGGAAUUGGAUAACGGAUACCGCCGUUGUGAACAAAGUCGCCCAGAAAAUUGUUAUGGCAGCGCACAGACAUGCCUACGGGGACAUUCUGGAGCACAUUGAAUAUUUCCAACUUAAUGAUAUCGUGGAAUUUCUUGCAAAACUGAAAAUGCUCAUGUUGAGAGCUGAGCAGGAUGAAUUGACACCAGUCAUGUUCAAUGAGAGGCUAAAUCAACUUCUGACUGACUAUGACGCUGUCUUUCAAUGUCCGAGUGUGCGUGAUCUAUGGGAAUUCCACCAAACAAUUGUUAGCCGUGUUCAAGAGAGGUUAUCCGAAAUCGAACCCUUUACCGAAACAGAGGCUUGGCUAAAGAAAGUCCUACCCACAUACAUGACUACAGACGCCACCCCCACCAUUACUGCCAUAUUACAAGUGUACAAGGACUACGUCAAAUCGGCCAUGCUGCACUUCGAACAAGUGGAGAACCACGUGACCAGCGGAAAUACGGCCGACAUCACGAAUUUCAUGUCCCACUUCCUCGCCCCGCAUCAGCUCCAGUAUUUGCGGUCCAUCUUUGAAUUCCUCAAUACUGGGAAUACCCACGAAAUCAUGGAAAUGGGACAAAUAAGGAACGAAAAUACCGGUAACGGACGUUCCAAGGGUAGAUGUACCGAAUUCAACGGGAAUUGUGGAUGAGAUGAACGCCUGGACCGCAUGAUGUAUGGGGUAUCCAGACCGUGUCCCGAGCUAUUAGAAAUCAUUGACCCUUUCCUUGUGCUUUCAAAAAUGUCUUUGCUUUGAAAAAUAAAAUAUCAUACGAAA